UUUUCCCAUCUUUUGACCUAAGUUAAGAGAGCUUCUGUGGUGUUAGUGUUUGUGUUGUGAUAUCUGGUGUAAUAUAUUUUAAUAUUUAUGAUUGUAUUUCAGUGUUUAACAUGCAUUUUACGUUUGCAUUAACGACUUAUAAAUUAGGAAGUACAAUGGUUAUUCAGUGGCUUACAAUGUCUAGGGAUAAGCAGUUCUGUAGACACAUUUAACAUGGCUGACAGUACUAGCCAAAACCCACAGAAAGUAGUGGAGAAAUACAAAUAUUCGAAUAUGAUUAAUCGUACAACAAGUGAAUCAAUAAGGUUAAGUGACUCCGAUAAAAUUCUGAACCAUCCUACAUCAUUGUCAGCUCCCAAGAAGAAGACUUCAUUUCAAAUUACAAGUGUGACAGUAGGUGGACACACGAGCAACGAUGGGGGUGACGACUCAGCAGAUGAUUUAGACGAGUCUCAUGCAGAGGAUAUUUCUGAUGUAAUUGAUACUUCAAGAGCAACAGAUAUAGAAAAUGAAACUCCUAGCUAUUCAGAGGACACCUUUUCUAAAGAUGAUGUAUUUUUCAAUUCAUCAACAUCCCUAGGUACUGCCCCAGUAAUCCCUACUAGUUCACAGUAUGGGUUAGCGAUUGUCUCAACACCAGAAGGUUGUAGUAAUAUUUUAAAUGCCAAUGUAAGUGGAGGGAAUAAUGCUGCAGGUAACGAUUUACAUGUAAAUGUUAGUGAUAAUGUUAUUAAUCUUGGCAUUGUUGGUAGCAAACACUUAGAAGGCGAUAUGAGAGACUUGCAUACUCAUACAGGGAGAAACGAAAGGUUUAAAGUUGUUAAAAUCGAAAGUACUGAACCUUUUAAGCGAGGAAGAUGGAUGUGUAUGGACUAUCUUGAUCACACUAUGCUUCAGCAACAACAACAGCAGCAGCAACAACAGCACCAGCUUCAAUCACAAGGUAGUGUGGUUAAUUCUAAUGCAGCUAAAGUUGAAUCAUCUGAUGUAUCUAAUACUAAUCAGUGUGCAGAUAGUGGAAUUUCAAUGUCUCAUCCUAAUACUGCAUCAACUCUUGAAGAACAUACUCACAUUGACCACAAUAUGAAUUCAAAUAGCUUACAUCAAGAUCAGACUAACCUCAGCACCCAUUCUGUGUCUGGCGUUACUGGACAUAAUUCAGUGUCCCCUGGACAAACAAUGCAAUACAGUGGCCAAGGCAUAAAUAUUCAGCCCAUCAUGAAUACGUCCCAACCUCAAGUGAUGCAGCAACAGGCCCAAAGUCUAAGCUCUGUCCAAAAUCAACAUCCACUAAUGGGAACCAAUCAACAUCAAAGCCUGCAACCUCAACAGAUGCAACAAGUUUUAUCGGCUACAAACAUGCACGGGCAACAGGCUUCAUUGCAAAAUCAGCAAAUGCAACAACCUAUGCAGCAAAUGCAACACCAAGGUAUCCAAAUGCAACCGAUGCAUCAGCAAAUGCAUCAACCUCCAAACAGUGGAAAUAUGGUUCCUCAACAGCAGUAUCAACAACCUCAAAUCCAGCAAAUGCACCAUCAACAACCACCCAUGCAAACGGUUCAGCAAACCACCCAAGGAAUGAUUCAGCAACAGACACCCAUGCCUCAGCACAUGCAGCAACAACCUGUUCAACAUCAGCAUAAUCUUUCGAUGCCUGUCCAGCAGCAGAUGAAUCAAAACCAGAUACCCAUGCAGGUGCCUCAGACCGUGUUACAAAACCAAGGUCAGCAAUUACCCCAGCAAACUUCCCAGAUGACGGUGCAUUCUCAGAUGCAACAAAAUCAAGCACAACAUAUGCAGAAUGUCGCUGUACAGCAGAUUCCCAUGGGAGGGGUUAUCGGGACCGGCCCUCAAGUUAUGCAACAACAGAACACACAGCAACAACAAUAUCAUAACAUUCAGACAUCACAACCUUUAAUGCAACAAGGUAUGCAAAGCCAGCCAAAUUUAAUACCUGUGCAACAAACACAGUAUUUUACCAACCCUCAGAUCCAAGGCAUAGGUGUCCAGCCUAUACCUAACACGGUACUACAACCACAAGGUCAACCGAACCCUAAUAUAGCUAUUCAGCAAAGUUAUCCUGUCGGAUCGAUCAACCAGACCCAACAACAACAAAUUCCUCAACAAUUUCCCUCGGUUAAUACGAUACCUCAGCAUAUUCCUCAGUCCCAAAUUCCAACAUCGGGUGUCCCAGUUAUGGUGACUUCACAACCGGUGCCAGGAAUUGCAAAUUUGUCAAUACCUGCCACUCAAAAUUCUGUCAUCAGUCCUCAAGCUACCUCCCAAGGACCUACUUUAGUUCAGCCCCAGUAUGUAACUCAAGGAAUUGCCGCAUCUGUGGCACCCACAGUGGCGAGUGGAGUACCUCAAACUUACGCUUCAAGUGCAGUUAAUGCCGUGCCUUCUGGAAUGGAAAAUGUUCAAGUUUACCCUGUGGAUAUUCCUGUGGAACAGUCAGUGAUCCCUACCAAUCAACAAGCCGAAUCUCUGGUUGAGAAUGUCGGAGUUGAAGAUGCACAACAGCUUGAAGAUGCAGAAAGCAUUCGGGGUCUUGCCCUAGCGCUAGUUGAGAGGUCGAGGCACGCAUCACUCGACUGUCCGCUUCCCAAAAUUCUCAGCUACGAUUCAAGUGCUUCGGGGGCGAGUGCUGUGGCUAUAGACAACAAAAUCGAACAAGCGAUGGAUCUUGUAAAGAGCCACCUCAUGUUCGCUGUCAGAGAAGAAGUCGAAGUGUUGAAAGAGAAGAUCGCCGAGCUGAUGGACAGGAUAAACCAGUUGGAGAUGGAGAACGCGAUCCUCAAGGCGAACGCUUCUCCGGAGACUUUGGCGCAACUAGCGUCACUUCCGCCAACAAGCAGCGCGCCUUAAACAGACUUAUAACUUUACGGUUUAGCUUGCAACAAGCUUUAUUUUGUACAUAUUACUGCUACCCUGUGCCAACCCGUAAGCUGCUUGUAGCACCGAUAAACCUAGCCUGGUAUAUAUUAUACCGUGCUCUUUCAUUUUAACCUACAAUAAAUUUGUUAUCAUUAACCUAGUCCAAUUUUAGCUGUGUGUCAUAAGAUCACUCGUGUUUAUGUUAAUAAAUUAUUAUGUUAGAUAUCCUGAAAGUAGUCGUAUUUUAACAAUGUGAAAUAUCUUUUAUUUAUUUUAAUGUAUGUCCUGGGUAUGAUUUUUUGGCUUUUAAAAUGUUUGAAAGAAAGGUGUUAAUAGAUCUUUGGGGUUGAUGGUUUUGGGGUUGUAAAGCUUUUUUAAACCAACCAGUGACAAUUAAUUGAAAUUAUCCACUUAUGUCAUUGAAAUUUAAAAUUCAAAAGUGCUUUAAGAUGUCGGUUGGUAUCGUGCUAUUAAUAUUUAUUGAAUGCGUCCAAUUCAUUGAGGUGCUGAAAUUAGAAUAAAAAUGAUGUUAAUUUAAAGUUAAUUUAAUUAUUAAUUUAUACAUAUAUUUUCUUUAAAACAACACUUUUUUAUGUAAAUUUAGAUCUAAAUAUAAAUUGUGUGUUAGAUAAAUAAAUAAAACAACACAUAAAUUGAUUGUAAAAACACAUUUUCAACCCUCAAAUGAUUUAUGCUUUGUCAACUAACUUUUUGAAAAUUCUAUUCAUGAAAAAUUGAGGGUGAAAAGUGUUUUAUGCCACCUCGAUCUAUAAUUAUUGAUAAUUAAACAAAUGAAAUCAUCCCCUGUCAUAAAACAAAAGGCCCAUAUCUUAUAGUGGUAAAUGACAAAACUCUAAACACAAUAAUUUUGAUCUUGGAGUUUUAUCAAUCAUACAUUAUUAUAUAAAUCUGUCACUUUCGAUCAGGGCAUUUUAUAUUUUCUUUGUAAAAGGGUAUCCAUUUUUUAUUGUAGAAAAUAUUACUGCUACAGUAUUUUCUAUUUCUCUGGUGAGGAAUAGGUCAAAUGAUUUUAAAAACAUAUAUGGCUGUGCUAAUGUUAGAAUUACAUUUUAUAUUGUAAUGGUAGUCAUAAAUGGUUAAGUUUAUGUUUAGUUGAGUUUUUCAUGUUAAAAUUUAGUUUUUCUUUUAAAAUUUUAUUGAAAUCAUUUUGGUAUACGAAUUCAGAAAAUAGUGUGCUAUACAAAUUCUUUGUUUGAAGGUUGUUUUGUGUUUUGUUAUCUUAGAGUUUAUAUAAUUUUAACUGGUUUUAAAAUUAUAGUGUAAAAUCUUAAAUGAUUUUCUGACUUCAUGAAAUGUGUUUACAUAUUUUUAUCCCAAAUGGCUUUUAAUUAUGCUUGAAAGAAAUUUACUUUGUUUCUGAAAAAAAUACACUAUACGAUUUUUUUGUUUAAAAAAAUUGUAUUGUUUGAUUUUAAAUGUUAUAGAUGAUAAUAGAAUUUGUCUCAAAGGAAAGGUUAGAUUUUGCAACCCGUUUAUGUUUUUCUCAGUGAACGAUUGAUAUUUCAUUUUAAGUUAUGUUUCUUUCAGAGUAUAUCCAAAUUGAGAAAUGUGAUUAUCUUUUGAAACCUCAUUGAAAAUUGUGUUUCAAUCUUCUAUACUACAUACGUAAUUAGUCUGAAAUAGCUUAAAAAAUUAGAAAAAAUAAUUUUAUGUUUGACUUAGAUGUAUUUUUCUAAAAAUUAAUAGAUAGUUGUUUUGUUGUCUUUACUAAGAUAAGGUGUAUUAAUACUAGUCAGCAAUAUAAUUUAUAAUUUUUAAUAUGUAUUUCAAUUUACCUUUUGAUAAAUAAAAAACAUAAUUGACCUAGAACUGUGUAAUAUAAUGUCUUUAUUUUAGUAUGAAAGAUUCAAAUUGACAUCACAGUUAAUAAUUAAUCUUCUUGAAAACAAACAGUUAUUAUACUAUAAAGAAUGUCAUUGUUAAUAUUCAUCACAUUUCGGUCAACAUCACUAUCCCAAUAAAAAAUUGUAGAUUGUCAAAUCAACAAGAUACUUUUUAAAUAUAAAAUUGUUAAUUUUUUAAGUUGUUGAAAAUAUUACAGUUACAGUUCAGAGCCGUAUUCUAAUUAAUCAAACUAAUCCAAAAGAAUUAACUAAGUAUUGUUAUGUUUAUGUUAUAAUAAUAUAUUAUGCUUAGCACAAAUAUCAAUGAAUUAUUAAUAGACACUUAUAUGUACACCUACACAAUUAACAUUGAGGUAAAACUGUAUAUACAAUGUACUUUUGUCAUACGAGCUAUAGGGCUCAGGAAGUGCUUCUUUUCAACCAAAUAGGAAUAAGGAUGUAAAUAACGCGUGUAUAUAGUGACAAUAAAGGUAUUUUUGACCGUGUGAAUCGUAUAAAGUUCGGACAUUGAGUUUGUAUAUUGCACUGGAAGAUCGGAUUGUAUAUAGUGAUAUCGUUUGUUAUCGCAGUCGGUCGAGAAAGUGACCUCAAGUGGGUUAUCCUGAUAUAUAUUUUGUAAAAUUAAAAAUGUUCCUGAGUUUAAUAAAAAAUUUAUGAAAUUGU